GUCCCGUGUCCUUAAUUCCGCCAGACAAGACAAAAAUCCACCAUGCUUCUUCCUUCAUCUCCCCAACAACUCUCCAGCUCCAUCUCGAAUCACUUGAAGUGAUAUUAUGCUUCGAACGCAUUACAGAGCUCGGUCCCCGCUGGAACAGUGGGCACAAGCUGGGCGAAGCACUGUACGCUACUAUCCGCAACCGCUCCAAGGGCAGCAGCGUCAGCCUGUGCUUGCUCUGCCCUCUGCGCUGGCACGUUCAGCACACACGAUUGCUUCUAGUUCUCGUGUCGACCAUCGAGGACGGAGAAUUGCUUCAAGCCGCGAUCCCCUCCAAAGCCACUGGCAGCGUGCCCACUGCAACGCAUAUUAUCACGCCACGGCAGCUCUUGGAUUUUCCUCUGUCUCGAGCGCACAUCCAAGCUUCGCAUCGUCCUCUGCCCCAUCGGCAAGUGACCAUAUCCCCGGCCCCCAAGGGAGACUGUACCGGGACCCAGACGUCUCUUAUCCGGCUUCCAAAGAGGACAUAGCUUAUAGCCCGGGAACAUGGGAGACUAUCGCGGAAUCACAAGACGCUCACACGACGUCUGAGAGUUCACCAGUCCAGCUAUUCGCGAUUGGAGCGGUGGUAGGAUCCGUGCUGCUGGGUGGGAUCGGAUGGCUCAUUUGGCAGACCUACGGGCAAUGGAAAGCUGACGUGGAGGGAGCGGCGUUAGAGCAGCCAGCGAAUGAUUCUGCUCGUGGACCAUCAAGCACCGUAGCGAAGCAGGCCCCCGUUUUCGGGUUGUUUGGAGGGCGGAAUCGAGGAUGCCCUUGUUAAAUCUCGCGAGUAGAGCACACUAGAGAGCCAUUCAAUGUAUGCAGACGGUGCUGUGAAUCUUGUACAUCAGAACAUACGCUUAUGACUGGAGUCGAUGUCCAAUAUCAUCAGACACGUUCCACAGCUGUGUUUCUGCUA